UCCAAUAAGUACUGCUGCCGACCUUGAGGUCUAUUUUCCGCUUAAUUUCCGUCUUGCACGUAAACCCUACGUCACCAAAGUAGUUUUCAGAUGUAUUUCCUGGUAACUGUAUUAAAUAUGUGCUUUUGUGAAUAUACACGAUGCAGUAAUACUUCAGUCAAGGCCGUAAGUAGCGCUUGAAGUCGGAGGAUGUGAACGAGAAUCAGCCGCGGCUGGAAAGAUACAGAUUUGUCAAGCUAGCAAGCGUGAGCCACACAGGAAGUGACGCGAGUUGCACUACAAAUUACAAGUUUUUAUGAAGCCCCGAUGCAAUAGAGGACUUCUUGGUUGAAUUCAUAAAUACAGCCUUAUUUAAAUUGCUCCAUCGAUGGCGUCCACUUUACUUUACAGCACAAUCGUGCUUCUCCUCCACCCUCCAAAGAAACAAGGGGCCGCCGAUUAUUUUACUAUGACAGCGCAAUCGGGAAGUCCUUAAUCUCUGCGUUCUUGCUAACUUGGCAGCACACUGGAACGCGACCAGAUGGAAUUCAGCACUGCCUUCUUAACAGAUUCCACACAUUUUAAAUUGUUUCGUACACAUUUUUAGCCGACUUUUGUGUCGACAAACAGCCCUGGCGUGAGCACAGGCGUCUAUCUGGGAGCUUCGGCUGCGCUGUGAACCGGGACAGAAGCGGUCAAGACAUUUACAGAUCCCCCCACCAAACAUCUUCCCACUGUCCCAAAGGCGUGUGCACACGUGUCCAUCAUGCCGCUGUUUGGUAAAUCACACAAGAGUCCCGCCGACAUUGUCAAGACGUUGAAGGAAAACCUGGCCAUCCUGGUCAAACAGGACAAGAAGACAGACAAGGCCUCUGAGGAGGUGUCUAAGUGUUUGGUGUCCAUGAAAGAGAUCCUGUAUGGAAGCAAUGACAAGGAGCCCCACACCGAGACUGUGGCCCAGUUGGCCCAGGAGCUGUACAACAGCGGCCUGCUGAUCGCGCUGGUAGAAAACCUGCAGGUCAUAGACUUUGAGGGGAAGAAGGACGUGUGUCAGAUCUUCAACAACAUCCUCAGGAGGCAGAUUGGGACGAGGAGCCCCACUGUUGAAUAUUUCUGCUCCCACCAGGAGGUCCUCUUCAUACUGCUGAAAGGAUACGAGAUGCCCCAGGUGGCGCUAAAUUGUGGGAUCAUGCUGAGGGAGUGCAUCCGCCACGAGCCGCUCGCCAAGAUAGUUCUCCAUUCGGAGCAUUUCCACAAUUUUUUCAACUACGUGGAGAUGUCCACCUUCGACAUUGCUUCUGACGCAUUCGCCACCUUUAAGGACCUCUUGACGAGACACAAAGUGCUUGUGGCCGAAUUCCUCGAGCAGAACUACGAAGCUGUGUUUGCAGACUAUGAGAAGCUGCUGCACUCUGAGAACUACGUCACCAAGCGACAGUCUCUAAAGCUUCUGGGAGAGCUGUUAUUGGACAGACAUAACUUCACGGUCAUGACGCGGUACAUCAGCAGGACAGAGAACCUGAAGCUGAUGAUGAAUCUGCUCCGAGACAAGAGUGCCAACAUCCAGUUUGAGGCCUUCCACGUCUUCAAGGUGUUUGUAGCAAACCCCAACAAGACUCAGCCCAUCAUCGACAUCCUGCUCAAGAACCAGACGAAACUCAUCGACUUCUUGAGCAACUUCCAGAAGGACCGCACGGACGACGAGCAGUUCAACGACGAGAAGACCUACCUAAUCAAACAGAUCAGGGAUCUGAAGAAACCGGCUUCCUAGAGAAGCAUUGCUGCCUGCCCUCUACUUCAACUUUUUAUUAAUAGGAAGACAUAGAAAAAAAACACAUUAACAAUAAUGGUUACUCUAUUUGGAAAAAAAAAAUCUUUGAGACGUCAUUUGUUUUUUUUCCCCUCUUUGUCAGUUCAUUAAAAACUUGUGCAAGAGUAGUUCUUAA